UUGACUGAAGAUGGAAGUGCGUUUCAACUGAAUGAAUUUUUGCAAAAAUUUCCUAAUUGUAGAGAUGAUACUUCAACACUUAGUUAUACAGAAAGCAUGACCUCAUUUGUAACUACUGGUUUCCUAGACGAAAUGAACAAAAACACUUGGGUUCCUUGUGUUAAUUUUGAUGGAAAACUCCAAGAAUUUCAAUCAAUAAAUUAUGUUAAAAAUUUUACAAAUGUUGCAGCAGAAUAUCAAAAAUGUUCGUUAUACCAGAUAACGAAAAACUUGGGUUUGAAACUAACGCAAAUUCCUCCAAGCUACACACAUGCUUGGAGCUGCUAUGGCACAUCAAUAUUAAAACUGAAACCCGAUGACUUAAUUCAUUUGCUCCGGCAGAUUCCGAAUAAUUGCAGUAAAAUUGAAGAAUCAGUGUUUGAGAGCGUGAACAACCUUGUCAUAUUCCUAAGCUGGAGCUCAAAAACACUGCGUGAAUUAGAAUCUGCUGAUGAUCUACCCAUUUUUUUGACAGCGGACAAAAUUUUGCGUAAAAACUUAGAUGUUCAAUUGUACAGUAGCGCACUGAGCGUCGCGCAAAUCUUCCCGCAACUCAAAGAACGAAUUGUGCAUCAUGAAAUUGAUGGCCAACUGAAAAACCUCAAACUCACUGUUGAGAUGAGUUUGAAUGAUUUUCUUACUCAUUUGAAAUCUCAUUACAACGAAUAUUGCAGCGGAGGUGUGAUUGAGGUUAAUCAAGCUGAUUUAUUUCAUACAUCGAGAUGGAUAGAACUUGUGUGGAAAUUUCUCGACACGUGCGUUGAGCCACAUGAAAUACAAAACGAUAGUACAUUUAGCGAAUUGUCACUUUUGCAAUGCAAUGACAAACAUCAAACCUUUUUUCUGCGGCCCAUUUCUAGGGGCAAAAUUGAUACUUUUGUGACGUUUCCUUCCCUGCAUAUUGGUUCAGUUGAAGUACUUGCUGAAAAAUACAGCGGAAUUUUCGAGCUCGUUUCCACUUCGAAGCAGAGCUACAUCCAACUAAUUGCAUCAGCUGUUCUCUCUAAAAUUUUGACAGUGAAACAACAAAUCAUGAUACUUCAUAUCAUUAAAGAUGAAUUUGACUUCAAGGAUUCUGAAUCACUACAGUUGUAUGACCACUUCAGAAACUCAUUCGAGAAUAAUACUCGGUGCAUUGAUCAAGAAUCUUUCAUCGAGCUCAGACAACUUCCAAUUUUUGCCCUAAUUUUUGGUGAAAUUGACCGUUUGCUUGGUCCCCAGGUGUACUCAAUUCCACGAGAGGUUCCUAAAAACGGACUGUUAUUGUCAAGGUCAGUGGGUUAUAAGUAUGUUCACCAAGAAAACAAACCUCUCCAUAUAGAAUUCCAGAAAAAGCUCGGAAUAGUUCGAUUGACCACAACCCAGAUGUACGUGGAAAUGUUAAUUCCUAUCAUGUUUGAAAAGUUCGAAUUUAGAGAUUUGGAAGUCCAUUUGGAAUUUCUCUCCAGCAUUCACAGCAAUCUGCCCUUCGAAGAGCGUCGAGUACUAAUAAGUUCCUUACAGGAUUGCCAUUUCAUCAAUCACAAAGACGACAUCAAACAGAAACCCGAAAGCUUUUUUGAUCCCAAUAGUGAUUUAUUCCGUGAUUUCAAAAGAUCCGAGCUCUUGCCGAUCAAGUUUUUGAGAUUCAGACCAUUAUUAUUAAAAUGUGGGGUGAAAAAAUUAACGAAAAAUUAUUUUUGGCAAUUCGUCUCGCUCUAUAGCGCCCAAACAGACUGUGAAAACAGCUUCACAGUAUUUUGUCAUUUCUUAGAAGCUUUCAAAGCUCUCAAGUUAACCUCAGACGAUUUCGAUGCUAUUGGACGUCUGGCCAUUUUUGAAACGGAGAAACACGGAUACUGCACAUUAAGCCAAGUAUUCAUCCACUGCCACAAGGUUUUGGUUGAGUUCAUUGAACCAGUUUUGACUUCAAAAACGAGUGAUAUCCUGCUGCAAAAUAUAAAUUUUCAGUGGUUGUGGAACUCUGGAUGUCAAAAGAAACCAACAGCAGAUGUUGUUUUGAAAAACUUGGAAAAGUUAAUUCAAGUAAAAGCUCCACAGGACCAAAAAAUAUUGACAUGCUUCGGCUUCAUUGCUAAAGAAGCUUCAAGCGGCAGUCAAAUGGACAGAAACAUUCUUGAAAGACUGUCUUGCAUUCCAUGUGUUAGGAGUGCCAAUGGCAGACUCCUCCCUCCUCGUCAAAUCUGUAAAUCUUUUGCAUGUAUUCUGCACAAAUCUGUUGGCAAUGAAGUGAGUACUGUUCAAAAUCAUUGUGAGUUAGAAGCUUACGUAAAUGAACCAUCGAAUGAGUUCUUAGCAAUAUGGGACCAUCUUAGCAUUCUGGGUGCCUCGAAGUUUAUAACACUUCAGCAAAUUGUCUUCGCAAUCGAUCAAUUUCACGGGGAAAUAAUGACCGAGAUAGUUUGGACUGGAAACCCCAACUCCAAACAACGCUUCCGUCGACUUAACCAACACUUGAAAUCAUUUAUUUCGACUGAAGUCAAUGAACUGUCAAGUUUGAGCAUCGAAUGUCCGAUCUACCUAAUGACAAAAGACGAAAAACUAGUUGACAUACGUGACGCUAUCGCUAUAGACGAUCAAAAGUUGUAUGACGAACUGAGACGGAAUUCGACUUCAACGGGAACCGUCAGUGGCAUUGACAGCGACUGUUCGGGAUACUUGCUAGAUGCCCAAACCAUCCACGAUGAUUUUUCUGAUUACAUUUACUAUUUGAAAUUUUUGCCUAAAGCCCUACGGCCUCAGUUUUUCUCCGAUAUUUGCCGAGUUGAACUCGACGAAACUACAUUGAGCGAAGCAAAUUCUGCAGCCGACGAGUUCAAAUUGGAGCGAAUCAUGAUUAAGCUCAGAAAUGACUCUUUCAUUGAGAAGUUAGCUCACGUUUUGCAACAUAAAGACAAAAUGGUGGAUGAAGACGGCUUUCAUCGUUACCCAAAACGCUUAAGAAUCGAGCCUUUUUCAACAAAGUGCUUAGAAUACUUAAAACAAACCAAAUUGUACCCUGUAAAAAAGCUGUUCUCUCGAUACACAAUCAACAAGAGGGGUGGCAAAAUAAGCGAUUUGUUUGUAAGGGAUUUUCAAUGCCGAGAAAACCCUAAUCUGGAGAUAUUUUUCCAAUUUUGGGACAACGUGAACACUGAUUCUUAUGAAAAUGAACAAAAAAAGAACAACCUCCUCCAGAAAAUAACACGAACCUUGUUUAAUUGUCAUAAGCUCAAUUUGUCCAGCAAUUUAGACACGUCGGUUAUUAAUUUUCUGACUGAAUUUUUGUUCUUCAGUCAAAGUGAAGCAGAAGAAGAUGCUUUGAUGCAGAAGAAUCGAAUACCACCAUUAGUUCAAAACUCAAGCGACAAACAAGAUGCUUUCAUCGGAAACUUCAUUCCCAUUGCUUAUCUUGCGCUUAUAAAUUACGACAUAGACAGUAAAAUAGCAACUGGUGAUUUCGUAGCCGUUAAAGUAAGUACUAAUGAUGACGGCGAGCCAAUCUUCAAAUACGGAAAGCUCAUUAGUGAAAUCAACUCCAGUGAAAACUCGUCGUUGUCCGAACCCAGUGAGCAAUUGUUUAAAAUACAACUUGGCAGCUGUUUGUUUAAGGACGUGGAAAGAAAAGAGCUAUUUAGUUUUCACGAAAAACUUGUCACUGAAUCAAAUCAACCCGAGAACCCGUCUACCGAGGGUUGCUCUUUGGAGGAGCAAUUAAAACGCGAUGUAGAAAAUAUCAAACAGAGUGUGUGGACUGCUGUCAAAAGCCAAAAACCAGGUGAUCACCUGGAAUCCAACAUGAGUGAACUAGAACUUCGAUAUGUGCAAACCAUUUUGAAUAAGUAUCCUAACGCUGACCAGCAACAAACACUAAUGAGGGUACUUCAAGAUGCCAUAAAAACACAAACCGAAGUGAAAAGAAACGAAAUCAUGACUGGAAAUGUCGACACAUACAGAGCAAUUGAGACAGAAAGUUCGGAGCCUGCAAGUAUUGUACAAAACUUUGUUAAGCGUCACUAUGAGCGAAUGGAGCAGCAUAUAGCUGCCUACAAGAUCCAGUUAGAAGUGAGAAAUGUGAACGAACCAAGACAAGCUCCGAUUACAAGAGGAAGAGUGCAGUUCCGUAGUGAAUCGUUCCAGCAGCCACACCCAGUUCUAGCCAAGCUCUGGCUCCAGCAAGCUCGUAAUCAUUUCAAAUUUCUGGGCGAAAACGUGGAAGAAAGGAAUACUUCGAUUCGAGAAAGAAACAGAAAUUGGAUUGUCGACAUUUCCUUGAAGGUUAUCGAGAACUCUUUGGUGGUUUUGAUCUUCAUGAAGGACGGAAAUGCAAACAUAUCAUAUAAGCGCAGGUCAGACCAAAAAGUAGCUGAGCGCGCUCUGUUUUUAAUUGAAAUCUUGAUUAAUGUGAGCUCCAAGUCAAUUGAAACACUGGAAGUAGUUAACAAAAUGUUGGAGAAGUUGAACCAACUCAGCUAUCUGCACCAACCACAUCCAGACCAUAUGACAACUUCAGGGUCCCUCAUCACACCAGAAGACACAAAAGAUACUAUCGAAUGUGCCGAAAAGAUGUACCAGCUGGCUCGAGAGGCAGUUCCCAACGUGUAAAAUAAGCAGACGUUCUGGAUAAGGGGAAAAAAUUUUGCCGCAUUGCAAAAUCCAUUGAAACGAAAACUAAUCAAAUUUAAUAUUAGAACGAUUACGUAGUGUAUGAACUAAUGAAUUAUAUACGGACUAAAGCUACAUCUCUAACAAUCCCCUCUCCCUCUAUUAAAGGUAACGUUGCUAUUUUCAAAUUUCGCUGUUUUCUAUUUUCUUGUCAGUUUAUCUUUUUAAAGGAUUGAUAUUUCUAGGAGUUGAAAUAAAUGGGUUUUUUAGAGGGAGAGUGUAAAAAUGCGACUGUAAUCCAGAGCCAAUUGCUUUUUUAUAUACUUCACUGACUCAUCUAUAGUACUAAAACAGAAAAACCAGCAAAAAAAGUAACAAACGAAUGAACUUGAGGCUCCUAAAAAUUCGACGAAAAAUGUAUCGACAAAUGUACCAUUGAGUUCCUGGAAAAUAUAACUUAAGUUUAGUUUUAGCUAAUUGUUUAUUAUGGAUUUUCAUUCAGAUUGUUCGACAUUUAUAUUUAAUUAUUUAUAAUCCCAAAUUUACUUGCUUAAAAAAUUUCUAAUCGAUUCUAAU